UUUGUCUUUUUACAGUCAAUAGGAAGGUGGACUUUAUAGAGAGAGAGACUGUGUGUGAAGAAGACUAACAGUAGUUGUACAUACAUAUAUAUAUAUACAAAUAUAGAGAGAGAAAGGAAAAGUACCGUAUGAUAUAGAGAGAGAAACUCAACGAACGAUGAAACACAUUUUCAAGAAGCUUCACCAUCCAAAUCGAUCCAACGACGCUCAAUCUACUUCAUCUGCGGUAUCGACAUCUUCGCCGCCGGCGGUAUCAUCGUCGUCAUCGGCGUCAUGUGCUUCUGAUAACCGGAAUUCGAGUUCUGUUGUUCAAUCACCGUCGACUCCUUCCACGACGUCGAGUGCCUCCACGGCGGCCGCUGCUCCGGUGAGUGCUGGUGGCGGAGGAGGGAAUAUUUCGACGAUCAUUCGGCAGCAGGAUUAUUAUACUUCGGAGGAAGAGUACCAGGUGCAGCUUGCCCUAGCGUUGAGUGUGUCAUCCUCGCAGGCUCAGGAUUCUUUCCCGUGCGAUGUUAACUCAAGCAACGGUCAAACACUCGGCGGAGGGCGAACCGCUGCUGACUUGGCACGUGAUAGGGAGGAUGCCGCUGCGGACUUGUUAUCGAGGCAGUAUUGGGAUUAUGGUGUGCUGGACUAUGAGGAGAAAGUUGUUGAUGGUUUCUAUGACGUAUAUACUCUCUUCACAGAUCCAGCAAGUCGUGGGAAAAUGCCAUCUCUUACUGAACUUGAAACAAUUCCUGGGAGUUCUGACUUUGAAGGCGUGAUAAUUAAUCGGAGAAUUGACCCCUCCUUGGAAGAGUUGAUGCAGAUUGCACAUUGUAUUACAUUGGACUGCCCUGCCAGUGAGAUUAAUCUGUUAGUACUGAGGCUUUCAGAACUUGUAACUGAGCAUUUAGGUGGGCCAGUAAAGGAUGCAAAUAUCAUAUUGGCCAAAUGGAUGGAAAUAAGCAACGAGUUGAGGACAUCACUUCACACCAGUGUGCUGCCAAUUGGAUCCCUAAAAGUUGGGCUUUCACGUCACCGUGCAUUGCUUUUUAAGGUACUAGCUGACCAUGUUGGAAUACCCUGUAGACUUGUUAAAGGGAGUCACUAUACUGGCGUCGAAGACGAUGCUGUCAACAUUGUAAACUUACCAAAUGAUAGCGAGUUUUUGGUUGAUCUCAUGGGAGCACCUGGCACACUUAUACCAGCUGAUGUUCUGAGUACAAAGGAUGCUUCUUUUAAAUCAUAUGGUCCAAAAUUGAACAAGAUUCCAAGUUUUCCGUCCAAUAAUGAUUCUAGAGUUUCUUACCCGAGGCUGAACUUGUUAUCUGGUCAAAAUUCUGGAUUAGGAGAUGAUUUCUCUAAUAGGUCUAGGCCUGAGAAGACAGAUUCAGUUCAUUCAAUCUCAGAUGCAGGUGGUAGCUCCACCCCUGGUUCUUCGGCAAUCAGUAAAAGACCAUCUUCUUCAAAUCAGGUCGAUUGGACUUCGCCAUUAGCAAUUGGAACUUCUUUGUACAAAGGGGGCCGUGGACCCAAUGCGGCUGGUGAUGGCUUGAGGUUGAAUGUAAAUGUGGUUCCUUAUGAUCAGAAUAACCCUGAGGACCCGAAAAAUCUUUUUGCUGAUCUUAAUCCGUUUCAAGUAAAAGGCUCUGGCAAUACAUUGAUACAGAAAAACCCUGCAAGAAACAAAGUCAGUGAAUUGCAACAGCCGAAAAAUACUUUGGUCACUGGACGACCUCCUGCCCCUAUGAUGUGGAAAAAUCGGUAUGCACACAAUGAGGUCCCCUGGAAAAACGAUUCUGAUUCUGAGGCACUUUUUCCGAAGAAGAGCUGUGGAUCUAGUGGCUAUAAUACAUCAUCAAUAGCAUCUACCAGCUCAAACAUACCACAGAAAUCUUCCCCUGAUACUACCUCCAGGUUUCAUGGAAACUCACAUCCUGCCUAUAGAGGAAAUGAAGGGGUUACUUCCACCCAGGAUAACAGUUCCAAAUUAUCAGCUGAUCUUGAAUUUAGAAGGUUGUCUGUUCAGGACGGUCAAAGCAAUAAUAGAGAAACAAGUCAAUGGGAGGGGCACAUUUUGCAGACUGAUGAGUUAAAUAGGACACAGGCACACGGACAAGCUAUUAUCCUGGAAAGUGAUCACAUAAGAAAUUUGCAAGCUCAGCCAACGGGAACAAAUAUAAAAUUGAAGGAGCCAGAAUAUCCAACUUCUUCAGGCGAUUUAGGUCGAAGUCAGGUUGAUCCUGUAUUUGAUGAUGUUGGUGAUUGCGAAAUUCCAUGGGAAGAUCUUGUCAUUGGCGAGAGGAUUGGUCUUGGUAAUCCUUUGUUUGCCCUGACUGAAAUAUCUUGCAAUGAUAAUGCUGGAUGGUUCAUAUNUUUUAUGGGUGCUAUUACUCGGCCACCCCACCUUUCUAUUAUCACUGAGUUCCUGCCGCGAGGUAGCUUAUAUCGGAUAAUUCAUCGUCCUCAUUGUCAAAUUGAUGAAAGGAGGAGAAUCAAAAUGGCUCUUGAUGUGGCAAAGGGCAUGGAUUGCUUACAUACAAGCAACCCUACAAUUGUUCACCGUGAUCUGAAGUCACCUAAUCUCUUGGUUGAUAAGAACUGGACUGUUAAGGUAUGUGAUUUUGGCUUGUCUCGCUUGAAGCACAACACAUUUUUGUCAUCCAAAUCAACAGCUGGAACGCCCGAGUGGAUGGCGCCAGAAGUUCUUCGCAAUGAACCUUCAAAUGAGAAGUGUGACAUCUACAGUUUUGGUGUCAUUCUAUGGGAACUUGCUACCUUAAGACUACCUUGGAGUGGGAUGAACCCUAUGCAAGUGGUGGGAGCUGUUGGCUUCCAGAAUAAACGUCUCGAGAUUCCAAAGGAACUUGAUCCUAUUGUAGCAAGAAUAAUAUGGCAAUGUUGGCAAACUGAUCCAAACUUGCGUCCAUCAUUUGCUCAGCUAACAGUGGCUUUAGCACCAUUGCAACGUCUUAUCAUUCCUUCCUAUGUGGAUCAGCCCAGCUCCCAUUUGCCACAGGAAAUCUCAGUAAAUUCUACCCCGUAAAUUUUCCAGUUCCCUAAGUGCUAAUGUUGGCCGGUCAUUUUAUAUCUGGGAAAAAGAAGGUUUGGUUUUCGUUUCGUCCCUAUGCAAGACGAAAGAACAGAGACUGUCUUUUGGGCAAAGGAGUAGAUGAUGCUUGUUCCUCAGAGAGGUGCUUUAGGAAGAAAAAGUAAAAGCGACCUUGGUAGUGCUAUACUGCUAUUGAAAUGUGUCGUUUACGUGCAACUCUUCUUGUAUAGUGGUUGUGUAUAAGUUGAUCCCGAAGGGAGCAGUUGUCCUUUUGAGUUGUAUAUUCUUAAUGACAUAAAUUCCUUGGUUGAGGCCCCCUCAAAAUAAUGGGGUGGUGCCCUUAAUCACUUAUCGCAUGAUCCCUGUAUAGUCUAUACAACAGUGGCUAAGUUGCCAGUUAUAACGAAUAUAUCAUUGAUCCCUUUGGCAAGUCUGCACUGUAUCGAUACUUGAAAAGCGAAAAAAAGAUUAAUAUCUUCAGGUA